ACCGACAAGAUGGCGGCGGGUGGGAGCGGCGGCCGCGCGUCGUGCCCGCCGGGUGUCGGUGCGGGCGCGGGGGGCGGCCUGGGCCCCAGCGCCAACGCCGCCCCCGCCCCCGGCAACGCGGCCGCCGCCGCCGCCUCGGUCCCCGCUGCUCCCGGGGCGUCCCCUCCGGGCUCGGGGCCGGGCGCGCAGGCCGCGGCGGGCGGGGAGCGGGCGGCCGAGGAGCCGGGGGCGGCGGCGCUGCUGCGCGAGCCCGUGUACAACUGGCAGGCCACCAAGCCCACGGUGCAGGAGCGCUUCGCCUUCCUCUUCAACAACGAGGUGCUGUGCGACGUGCACUUCCUGGUGGGCAAGGGGCUCGGCGCGCAGCGCAUCCCGGCGCACAGGUUCGUGCUGGCUGUGGGCAGCGCCGUGUUUGAUGCCAUGUUCAAUGGGGGCAUGGCUACUACGUCUACCGAGAUUGAACUGCCUGAUGUGGAGCCAGCUGCCUUCCUGGCACUGCUCAAGUUUCUCUACUCGGAUGAGGUUCAGAUUGGGCCCGAGACAGUCAUGACCACCCUGUACACUGCCAAGAAGUAUGCGGUGCCUGCGCUGGAGGCCCACUGUGUGGAGUUCUUGAAGAAGAACCUGCGGGCAGACAAUGCCUUCAUGCUGCUGACGCAGGCCCGGCUCUUUGACGAACCACAGCUUGCCAGCCUGUGCCUGGAGAAUAUUGACAAAAAUACGGCUGAUGCCAUCACCGCGGAGGGCUUCACAGAUAUUGACCUGGAUACACUGGUGGCUGUUCUGGAGCGGGACACGCUGGGCAUCCGCGAGGUGCGCCUGUUCAGCGCCGUUGUCCGCUGGUCUGAGGCUGAGUGUCAGCGGCAGCAGUUGCAGGUGACACCUGAGAACAAGCGGAAAGUCCUGGGCAAGGCACUGGCCCUCAUCCGCUUCCCACUGAUGACCAUCGAGGAGUUUGCUGCAGGGCCUGCUCAGUCAGGCAUCCUCAUGGACCGCGAGGUGGUCAGCCUCUUCCUGCACUUCACCGUCAACCCCAAGCCCCGCGUGGACUUCAUUGACCGGCCACGCUGCUGCCUCCGUGGGAAGGAGUGUAGCAUCAACCGCUUCCAGCAGGUAGAAAGCCGCUGGGGCUACAGUGGCACAAGCGACCGCAUCAGGUUCUCGGUCAACAAACGCAUCUUUGUGGUUGGCUUUGGACUGUACGGUUCCAUCCAUGGGCCCACGGACUACCAAGUGAACAUCCAGAUCAUCCACACUGACAGCAACACAGUGCUGGGCCAGAAUGACACGGGCUUCAGCUGCGAUGGCUCUGCCAGCACUUUCCGAGUCAUGUUCAAGGAGCCGGUGGAGGUGCUGCCCAAUGUCAACUACACAGCCUGCGCCACGCUCAAGGGCCCGGACUCCCACUACGGCACCAAAGGCCUGCGCAAGGUGACCCACGAGUCGCCAACGACGGGGGCCAAGACAUGCUUCACCUUUUGCUACGCGGCUGGGAACAACAAUGGCACGUCCGUGGAGGACGGCCAGAUCCCUGAGGUGAUCUUCUACACCUAGGCGUCCAGGUCCCCACGCGGCUGAGGACAGCAGCCUGAAGCCACCUGAGACAAGAGGACCGCCCCACAUCCCACACCAGCCCCAGCAGGCUCCCCACACUGUGUCCACCCCUGGUCACGUUUCUGGGCAUCUCUGUGGUGGUGAGCAUGGCUGCUUGUUCAGAGGAGCCAGGAGGUGGCCAGGUAGGCAGGACUGUGAGGCAGUCCCUCAGGACUGAGGAUGAGAGGAGUCCCUGGGUGGGACUCCCAGCCUGCCGUCCCUGCAGCUCAGGGCUGCCUGACAGUAGGAUGGUGUAGGCUGGCAUCUUGUGUAACUGCACAUGGCACUGCAUCUUGUAUUUCCAUUUAUCUGAUAGAAGAUGGUGUAUGGGGCGCCUCUAAUGCGUUUGAUUGGAGUCUUCUGUUCCUUGCAUUCUGGUAUGUUCACGGGGGGAGCUCAAGUCACCCUGACCUUGGCCCCCAGGAUGCAGGCCUGAGCCCCAGGGGAAAUAACCCAAGCAGGGGAUUGUUCCCCUUAAAGUCCUGCAGGCUGGCUUUCCCGCCAGGCCCCACCCCAGCCUCCCUGAACAGGCCUCUCCCAGCCCUGCAUCUGAGGGCACAGGCCUCAGCUGGUCUGCCUGGAAGGGGCGAGGCUGUGGGCCAGCCAUGGUGGUCAUGUCCCCAUUGGCCCAUGGGGUCCAUAGGGCACUGCCUCCCU